AUGAUUGCAAUUGAUGAGCUUGAGACUGGGAAAGGAAUGAACCAAAUUGGCACCUUACAACGUGCUGGUGAUACUCGUUGGGGUGACGCUGAUGCAACUUAUGAGGCAAUGACUUCAUAUGAAUUUGUCUUUAUCUUACAUCUUAUGAAAGAACUUAUGGAGAUCACUAAUGAUCUUUGUCAAGCUUUGCAAUGUCAAUCCCAAGACAUCAUAAAUGCCAUGAAUCUUGUUUCUUCCACUAAAGCACUCAUCCAAGAAUUAGGAGAUGAUGGAUGGGAUUCUUUGCUUACUAAGGUGAAUUCUUUUUGUGAAGCACGGAACAUAGAUAUCCUAGAUAUGAAUGCUCGUUAUGUUGCAAGACGAGGUCGAGCUCUCCAUCAACAAGAUGAUUUUACCAUUAAGCAUUAUUACAUGAUAGAUAUUUUUUAUGCUGCAAUAGAUUCUCAACUUCAAGAAUUAAAUAGCAGAUUUAGUGAUCAAACAACAGAGUUGCUUAUUCUGGGUCGGCUUUAG